AGAUGCGGCUGAUAAACGGUCACGCUCCGCACCAGGGUCUCGUGGAAAUGGAAGUGGGUGGGGAAUGGAGGAUAUUCUGCGCCUAUAGGAACUUCGACGAUGACGCAGCAGAUAUUGUGUGUCGUAGUAUGAAUUAUACGGGUGGACUGAUGAUCGAACGCGGUCAGUUCGGACACACGAACCACACUGCAGUCUGGGUGCCCUACAUUUCAUGUGACGACUACGACGAUAAGAUGAACAUCUUCGAGUGUGACCUAAUCUUGCAUACCCAGAACAUCCUCACAGACCGCCAUGAGUUCUGGAACAACCGUUACAACAACGAGUUUUACUCGUGCCUAAAUAAGCCGAACUCAAUGGCUGCCGCCGUUCAGUGUUUUGCAGAACAUGAACAACCACACGGUUGACGACGUUUUUUGCAUCAAGUUUGGUCGUUCUUAUUUAUAAAGAAUUCAAGGACGGAAAUUUUCAGUUAGGACAU